AUGACCGGAAUCGAGACGAUCGAACGGCCCUCUUCCGAUGACCAAAAUCACCCGGCUAGAGCUCCGAACAGCCGGACGUUGGAUCCACCGCAAGCACCCAGUGCGAGUAACACGAAAUCGUCGACCAAGAGCUCGCUCGACAAUAACACGAUGAAAUUCAACGAGGGACUACGCCCCGCAGUCAGUUUGCUCACGGCGCGAGUCGCUCUGAAGAGGAAGAAGGAUGUUGUAGAUCAGGAAAUGGGGCGAUUGAAGCGCGAGCGCGAGAAGACUGAGUCGAAAUUUCUGGAUUUCCCUUCCGUCCGUGACAUGCACAACCGCCAGGCGGAGGAAUUGCAGCAAAGAGCCCAAGACAUAAAGAAGGAGCUGGACCUCAACUCGGAUCGGCUGAAUUCGAACAUGCAAUCAUUCGCCUCGACUCUCCAGCAGUUCUGCUCGAAUGCCGCUUCCAAGGCGCUGAAGAGUGGUCACACCAGCGCACACGAUACCUCCGUGACUCUAAAACUCGAAGCUCUUGUCAACCCGACGGACGAGAUUCGGUUUCUCAAACAAGAGAACGAGACGCUGAAGUCUCGAGUAAAUGAAGAUUUCAGUACCAUCCAACAAACUGUGGAUGCUUUGACUGAGGGACACUCUGAACUUGACAAGAACAUCAAAGAUUUGAGAGCUGAAACGAGGAACAUCCAAAUGGGAGGCUCGAAAUACUCUGGAGCCGACGCGCAUAUGCAGACGGAGCAGCUCACCAGGCUUGCAGGCAGGGUGGAGUACAUUGAGACAUCGCUUACUGAGCUUGAUCCCGACUUUGUGCAGGCCGCCUGUCAUGAUUUCACCUUGAAGCUGCCCCAGGUCCAACAAGAGCUUGAUACGCUGCGGGCUGAAAUGGAGACCAACCUGACAUCAGUUGACCAGGCAAGUGAGGCACAGGAGAGAAUCAUGGCCGACGUCAACUCACUACGGUCUGAAAUGGUCACCAGAGGGCAGCUGCGGGAGGCUACUGAAAGGUUUCAAUCGUCGCAGAGGAACAUUGCCUCAACGAUUGGGCGGAAAAUGAACGAAAUGCAAGAACAUAUUAACAAAAUGAAAGAGCGCCUCCACCCACUGGAAAGCGAUGGUGGCCUCCACAAGACAGAACCCGGAAAGCCGACGACUUGCGAGGGCGGAAGUGCACCGGAUGGGAGCAAGCCAGACGCGAGCUGGAAUAGCGAAGAAGCCCGGAUUCAAGCGCUGGAGGCGGCUCGGGCGGCUCGAGCUGCUCAACAACGACAUGGCACGCCCACGCCCACGCCCCCGCCCGCACCCACGUCCAAGCCCGCUCUUAUUGUAUCUACUUCGUCUCCGUCUAUAUCUACUGCAUCUGAACUCGCUGCGGUGCGUGAGGAGAUACGAUCUCUCCAAGAGCAACGCAAGGCCCAGGACGAGACGUACAUUUCUCAGGCCCGAAUGGCCAAGGUUACGGCAUCAACCGAGGAAGCCAUACAGAAGCUAUCGGCGCGAAUCCAGGCCGUAGAAGAAGCCCAGAAAGCGGCAGAAUGUUCGAACCGGGAGGAGCAGGAGAAGCAUAAUCUGCUAGGAAAGGUCGAAUGGCUGGGGCGAAGGAUGCAAGAGAACGACGUGGCGCGCAGCACCUACGAGCACACACAGGCUUCUAUGCGGCAGGCGCUUAACACGCUAGAGGGCAAAUAUAGCAACCUUACGACGGAGGAUCUAAUGAAACAGAUCAUGGACCAUACGCAGCCCCACCGGCCGGUCGUUAAAAUGCUAGAGGCUCUUCAAGCGCGGGUAUCCGUUCUAGAGAGAACGCUUAAGGAUAUCAACUCUCAGAACGCGGAACAUACAGCCAAAAAGCGGAAGAUAGACGCGCUUGAUAGUUUGGAGGGAGAGAAGUAG